UUAGAACAGCUACACGUCUGAUGGAAAUCUGUGGUUCCAGAUCUCAGCUGUGUCUUGUGCGCUCAUUAACUACUCUUAGCUCGGUAGCCUGCUUGCUAAACCUGCAAAAACGACGUCACACCAGACUGGAAUACUCGUGAUGGAGAUGUGGUUAUAAUAUAUUAUUUUUUAUUUGUAGCCUAACCGUCAGCUACCAUAAUAUGUCACUGGCAAGCUAGAGCUAAUGUAUUUAGCUGGCUUUAUCAUGGACGCUAGUUAAUAAUAGUAGCUAAAGGCAGAAUCUGCGUUCUCUUGAGUUAGAAGUCACUUUUGAUUGUUUGGCGUCAAAGCUGGGAAACGCGGGGGUCGCAUAGAAGAGAUGCCAUGCAAGUAUCGAUAAAAACAGUUAACGUUAGCUAGCAGUGAAUGUCACUUUGUUACGCAUGACUCUUGGCAGGUGGCUCACGUUAGCAAAGGUUAUAGUAGAGGCGUAAAUACUAGCUAGACUAGCCUAUAUGAAUUACCUCUGAAUAGCAAGUCGGACACUGAUGACAAAUUAUUUGAUUCGGGCUGGGUUUUUCUUCUUCCAGUAUUACGAAUGUCCCAUUGUUUGCCUUUGUAUGGAAUAUCCUUGCUUUAUCAAACUACAUUGACGUUACCACUGUAAAUGCGGAUGCACCAUAGUUACUGCGUUUGUUAGUUAAUCCCCGGUCAACUGAAGAUCAACUAAAUUGCAAUUUGUACACAAAGGAGCAUUUGUUUCUUCUGAAAUCCGGUUACUGUGGCCACGUUGGUAGCACUGUAUUUUAUUUGAGUGACAGCGUCGGAUGAAUGUCAACGAGUUAAACUGCAAUAGCCAAUUGUGGAAGCGGAGGAAAGAAACGUGAAACUGUUCAGCCACAAUCCCACAAGCACUAACGCUAUCCCAUGCAUAGCCAGGUGUGUCGAUACGGGAUAAUGAUACUUGGUAUCUAGUUAAUUAUCAAAGCACAGUGUUACGUUGAACACAGUUUGUCAAUAGACAAAGCUGCGAUUGUCAGCAUCCGGAAAAAAAGAAUUUAGAAAUGGUGGGGUUCGGUGCAAAUCGAAGAGGAGGUCGUCUUCCGUCCUUCAUCCUGAUCGCAUUGAUGGUGGUUAUCCUUAUCCUGUCGUUCAACUACUGGACCGUGUCCAACAAACACACCCGCCUGCUGGACGAGCUGGCGGAGGUGCAGACGCAGGUGAAGCGCACGGACGCGGCGCGCAGCCGGCUGGAGAAGCGCAACUCGGAGCUGAUGGUGCAGGUGGACGCGCAUCGGAAGCAGAUCGAUCAGAAGGAUGGCGACUUCAACACGCUGGAGAGCAAGCUGCGUGCGUGCGAGACGCAGGUCAGAAGGUGCACGGAUGAUAAGGCGAAGAUGGAGAGUGAGGUCACCGCUCAGACGUCGGAGAUCCAGAGGCUGACAGAGCAGCUGAAGGAACUGCGGCAGGAGUUCAUAAAACAGGAGGAGCAGCUGAGAGAAGUGAAGGGGAACAGCACCUACCUGGAGAGGAAGCUGGAGUAUGAGAGUUUGCAAUGCGGACGUCAGAUCGCCCAGCUCAAAGAGGACUACGAGGACAAGAAGAAGAAACUGGAAGGGGAGACCGCCAAGCUGAAACAGAGCCUGCUUGGGAAUCGGCUGAGCGGUGCAGUCGGGGGCCACGCUGACAGGGCUGCGGAGGGACAGAAUGCCGGAGAGCGUCACACCGAGACCGCAAAGCACCAGGACGGCCCCGAGCUGAAGGUUGGCCUCGGCAAGCUUGCCAGUGACGCCGGCAUGCCAGGCAUCGAGGACAGCGAAGUGGGAAAACUGGAAGAAAUGCAAUUUGCUCUGAAAAAGCCAGCGAUCACCCGGAACCAAGCGGGCCACGUGGGGGACACCGGGGUCAAGGAGGACACGGCGGGGGCGGGGGCGGGGGCGGGGGCGGGCCCCGACCUCCAGAAGGCCGGCGGGGCGUUGGCGGGCGCGGCGUUGGAGCAGGUGGGCGCAGGAAACGGCGCGUUGCCGCAGCAGCGCGUGCAGCAGCCCCCCCCGCCCGCCCAGGGGGACAAACCGGUGCUCUUCGACGAGGACCGCAAGGCCGGCGUGCGCGCGGACGAGCUCGGGGAGAGCCGGAGGGGUCCAGACGGUGGGAAGGCAGAUGGUUUAGAUGCGAAGGGCAUGGUCCUGCCGCCACCCCCCAACCCCGCCCAUGUCCUGCCCAAUCCCAUGGAGCAGCAGCAUGCCAGAGAUGCCCCGCCCGCCCAGCCGCCCCGCCACCGGCAGAGCCGGUUCUUUGAUGAGAAUGAGUCCCCUGUAGAUCCGCAGCACGGCUCUAAGCUGGCGGACUACAACGGGGACGACGGGAACGUGGGUGAGUACGAGGCGGACAAGCAGGCCGAGCUGGCCUACAAUGAGGAAGAAGAUGGUGAUGGUGGGGAAGAAGACGUCCAAGAUGACGAAGACCGUGAACUUCAGGGAGAUCGCCCUGUGGACUAUGGAAAGCGACACCAAGCCAUCGACAUCCUGUGAACUUAAGCAAGAUCAAAAAAAUUCUCACAGCACUACAAGGCUCACAAAUCGGAACAGAAGGACCAAUAUGAGAAAGAAAUAGUUUUGUUUGUUGGCCUUCAAUUCCUUCUGGGCAAUGGAUGUCAUCCAGCUGACUGGGCUGUAGCUUUUUUUACUUUUUUAUUUUUAAGUGGUCAAUAGAAUAAUUCUGAAGUCCUCAGUGGGCAGUUCUAAGGAAAUUGUUUGGGUUAGGUUAAGAUUCCAUAAAAUGGCUGUGAGGAGCUAUAUAUAUAUAUAUAUAUAUCCUUAAGCAGUUUCUAGGGGGAUGAAGUUUAUCUGUCUGCCACAGCUCAAAUCAUGUCUGCAUACGUGUGAGGAUAAUUUAUUUCUAAUUACAUUUUUUUCAAAAGUAGAAUUAGAUUUUAAUCGUUUGAAAAAGAUUAAUCAUUUUUUAAUUGAUUUUUUUCCAAAUUAAAAUUAAAAGUGUAAUCAAUUGAAAAAUGAAGGCUCUGUACAGUAACAUAAAAAGCAGUUUUAUAUUGAUGCUCUUUUGUUUUUUUGCAUUUGUUUUGUAUAGGGUAAUGGAUUCUUUUUUGCAAUUCUGGUUGUUUUGUAAACAAAUGUAAGAAAACAGCAGCCUGUGUCAGUGUGGGACGAAAGGUUAUGACCUUAGAGCCUGACUGUUUCAUUGGCGACCGAGCACCACUGUUAUCCUGGGCCUGGACUCUCUUGGAUACUGACCCAGCGCUUGAUGAGAACAAUCUUCCUGGAAUAUCUUACUUUUUCCAACCUGGGGUCUUCCGGCUUUUUCUUUCUAUUCUUUCUUGUGGUUUGAUGAUUUUUUUUUUCCCCGUUGCAAGCAAAUGAAGGUUGCCUGUCUAUCUCUUUCUCUGUCUCUGUCUGUAGUUACAAAGAAGAGGACACGCCUGCCUGUGAACAGCUAAAGCCAAGGACUUUUUUCACUGCCCUUUAAACCCCCUUUUCUCUUUGUGAUUACUGAAGUAAAUAAAUACAUUGGACAUCUCCUCUUAGAAGGAUGCUGCUGCAUGCAUUAAAUAGCAAGUUUGAUUGCACAACCUCAAGAAAACUGUUGAGAUGAAGAUUUAAGUCAAUGUAUGGAAGACUAACUUGGUACUCAUCUGGAGCAAAGACCAGUGCUGCAGACCCAAUUCCUCUCCUUUUUAUGAACUACUUUAAGGUAUUCGACAGUGUACCUAGAAAAGAAACUUUUCAUCUGUAGAGCUUCAGGAACUGUACUGCUCUUCUUGGAGUCUUGGGCAAAGGAUCCUGUGUUCUAAAAUGGCUGUGGCUUCAUUUUCAAAAAAAUUUUCAAAAAAAAUCUUUUUGUUUUACAAAACUGCAGAACUUUUAAGGCUGGUUUACUGAAUGUACCCUAGUAUUCAUUUUUUCAAAGAUGCAAAAUAAUGUAGUGAUGGUAUUUUGGGUGACCAAGACAGCUGUGACAAUGCUAUAAAUUCUGGCUUACUGUCAAAUGUAGUCAAAGGACUCCAGUCUUUCCUAUGGAUUAAAAACCCACUACAGUUUAAAGGAUGAGUUUUUGCCCUCCGUAGUACAGAAAGAACAGUGUGAAGUGUGUGCAAAUAUGUCAACAGCAUUAUUUCAAUAGGCAUCAGCUGUCCAGACCUGAGCAAUUCAUUCAUACACCAAUAAUAAUUUUUUCACAACGACUGUUCCUCAUAAUCAUAAAAGAAAUAAGAAUCAUCUCUAUGGCCUGAAUGCAAUGUAAUCAUAAUUUAUUAAAGGAAGGAAUUUGGUG